AUGCUACAAGAAGCUGCUCACGUAAUCUCAACGGAGUUGGUGUGGCCCGUUGUGAUCAGAAACAUCGCUGGCUUUCGCUCACCCACUGGUGCAUGA